AUGUCCGAAGAGAAGUCGACGGCGCAAACAGCGUCAACCGCGAAUCAGCCAUCCAUCCAGUAUGGCGGCCAUGAUCGCUUCGAUCUCGAGCUCGAAUUCGUCCAGAUGCUCUCCAAUCCUCUCUAUCUCCAACACCUCGCCACCCAAAAACUCCUCGACAAACCCGAAUUCAUCGCCUACCUCAAUUACCUUCAAUACUUCCGCGAGCCCAAAUAUCUCCGAUAUCUGCAAUACCCAGGUCCAACGAUCCGCGCCCUCGAAUUGCUCCAAGAAGAACGCUUCCGGAAAGACAUCAUCAUUCCCGAAGUCGUGAAUCGGAUGGUGCAGGAGGGUUUCGAGGCGAGCAUUUCCGGGUCGUGA